UUUGCCUAAUCAAUGUUUCUCGCUCUUCUUUUGCAUAGGUUGCAACUGUCAUCCGAAAGGUUCGCUCGGCCAUGCCUGCGAUAACAAGACGGGCCAGUGUCAGUGCAAACCAAACAUCGAAGGCCGCCAGUGUAAUCUAUGCCGCAAGGGCUUUUGGGAUUUGAAUUCCGGGAACGGAUGCAUCUCCUGCUCCUGCGAUCCAAGUGGGAGCGAGCUGGAAGGAUGCGAUCUGCAUACGGGACAGUGUUUCUGCAAGCCAGGAGUUACUGGCACUAGUUGCGAUCGGUGUGACGUAGGAUUCUACGGGUUCAGCGCCCAGGGGUGCAUGCGUUGCGAUAUUUGUACUAGCGCAUCUUUCGUGUGUGACCCAGACACGGGUCGCUGCAUCUGCCCGCCCAACAGUCACGGUCCAGAAUGUCGCUCCUGUAUCGCCAACACCUGGGGUAACGAGUUCCAGAAAGGUUGCAAACACUGCGCCUGUGAUAUCGUCGGCUCAAUCGGACAAUCGUGCGAACGAGAAACGGGGCAAUGUAGCUGCAAGGAGGGUUAUACAGGUCGGCAAUGCAAUGAGUGCGCCCCGGGAUACUAUGGCUAUCCGACGUGUCAUCGUUGCGCUUGUGAUGAGCGUGGUACACUGCCGAGCAAUAACAAAACUGUGUUUCCCUGUGAUCGGAACGGUCAGUGCCAGUGUAAAGAGAUGGUGUACGGGAAACGGUGUGAUCUUUGCAGACAGGGAACGUUUGGGUUAGCUGCUUUCCAUCCGGAAGGAUGCACCAGGUGCUUCUGCUUUGAGAGGGCAAGCAAUUGUACACAGAGUGAUCAUUCUUGGGGGCAGGUGCGAUUGGUUGGUUCAAGAAACUUGAGUGUGGAGUAUCUGGAGCGACAGGAUGGCCAUACAGAGGUGGAUUAUGUUGUUAUCCUGCAACUGGAAGGAUCACAUAUGAACCGGGAAGAUGUAAACAUUACCAGCAUGAACAACCUCGAGCUGAUACCGAGCUCGUCGGGAAAUGUGUCAAUCGGAGCGUAUGCUACGUUCCGAUAUCCGUUGUACUUCCAACUACCUCCUCAGUUCCUAGGUGAUCGCGUCGCCAGCUAUGGUGGGCAGCUGAACUUCACUCUAAUCACGGCCGGUGCGACCAUCAACAUUCCUGAGCCGUCAUUGCGCCAGUUCCCACUUGUACAGCUGCACACACACGAGAAUCUGGUGCUUGACUUCUACGAAGAAUCCAUCCGUUACGGACAGUCGAUUGAAACACACUCUGUGCGAUUACUUGGAAGUCUUUGGCGCAAUCACUACGACGGUGCGUGGAUCAACAGAACGAUCUUGAUGACUGCCCUCCAGAACGUCCGGCAUAUUUUUGUGCGAGGGACGACCACCAUGGACUUUCAGCAAGUUGUCCUUACCAAUGUGACACUUGAUACGGGCAUAUUUGUAGUAGGAGCAGAGAAUAACCAUGCGUACGGUGUGGAACGUUGUAGCUGCUCACCGAAGUACAAAGGACUAUCGUGUCAGGAUCCGGGUCCGGGUUACUAUCGCCACCGGUUGCCGAUCGUUGAUUUGGAGUGGGCCACAAUAGAUGAUAUGAUUGGCAAGGUGAUUCCUUGUGGAUGUAACGGCCGGAGUGAGGAGUGUGAUCCGGAAACGGGCGUUUGCAUGAACUGCCGCAACAACACCGGAGGAGAGCAUUGUGAACGGUGUGCGGAAGGAUUCUAUGGUGAUCCUAAUAUUGGUCAGUGUGCACCGUGUCCAUGUCCUGAAACGCGUAAAAACUUUGCCCGUGGUUGUACGGUGCGUGGCAGCGACGUGCAAUGCAUUUGCAAGCCCGGUUAUACAGGAUCGCUGUGUGACAGUUGUAUGCGUGGGUACUUUGGACAUCCGCAUUUGGAUAAUGGACACUGUGAGGCGUGUGACUGUAAUCGUGAGGGUAGCAUGUCGGAUGAGUGUGAUCAUUUCAGUGGCGAGUGUCAUUGUCGACCGGGAGUAACGGGUCGCAAGUGUGAUCGUUGCGAAAAGCCCAAGCAUAUCGUCCAAGACUAUAGGUGCAAGAUUUGUGACAACUGCACCAUUACGCUGAUCGAUGAUUUCGAAAUUCUGGCUAGCCGUUUGUCCGAGGAAACUACCCACAUCGAUCGAAACGGCAUCCCGGCGCCCUGGGUGAAAUUGACGAGAUAUGAAGCGAAAACGCGCAAACUCUCGGAUCGUGUAGCCCAACUGCUCGAAGCGGAAGACACUGCCAAGAAGUUUAUGGUCGACUUUGCAGAACCACUCAAGCGCAAUGCAACGCGACUUAGCAAGCGGAUCCAGAAGAUAGACAAUCGUUUAAAAAUCCGUGAGGAGGAAAUAGGCAAGUGUACCGAGCGUGCGACAGACUUACAUGAUGAAAUCAUAGUGAUCGAUGAUGAUCUUCGGCACACUAUUCAAAUGCUUAAAAACUACGGAGUAGGUGAUCAUCACAUCAAGUUACCCCUUGCCGUAAAAGAAGCGAACGAUUUGCUAGCCGACAUACGCAAUCAGUAUGACGCGACGCAGUUCGACGAUAAGGUGCUUGAAUGUGCUAACAAACAGUUCAAUCAUUGGACCAAUGUGUCGAAAAUGGUUGAACGGCAAGGCAGGAGGCUGGAUGAUCUCAAGUUCGAAAUUGAGCAGAUACACCACAAGGCGGAUCAUCUGCAGAACUACACCGUACAGGUGUUCCGACACGUGCAGGAAACGGAGGUGUACCAAACCACAAACCAGAAACAUUUUGACAAGGUCCGUGAUGCGUACAAGCAAGCGCUCGAUGAUGAUGAACGCGUGAAGAAACUUCUCGACACCAACGUUAUGGCCGAUACGGACGUGAAAUUGGUACAGCUCGAAGAUAACUACGGGCAGUUAGAAAAUGACAACAGCUCGCUACACUUCUUGGUUGACGUACUGAAUGAAUCGACGGAAGAUUUAAUUCGUAAGAAAAGUAUACUGCUGGAGACGCAGGUUCCAAAGGCAGUUCGACAUGCAGAACAGUUGAAGGCGAAGGCGGAUCACAUUAAGAGCAAAUUCCAAACGACCGAAGAUAUAUCGGCAAAGGCUAUGAAGGCUAGCCAAGCGUACGAAAACAUCAUCUCCGCUAUUGUGGCUGCCCAGUUCAGUGCAGACAAUGCGACAAGUAUGGUAGAGAAAGCCGAUCAACUAAUCCAUCCAGAGCAUGACGUUACGAUCAGUGACCAGAGUCGAAAGGCGUUGGGAGUGUCUACGAAUCUGACGAGUCGAGCCACCAAGGAACUGAACAAAGCUAUUGCCCUCAAUGAGACGAUGAUACAGAAAGAGAAAAUUGUCCAAAGCCUCAAGGAUCAAAUUUGGCAGACAGCGAUCAAGAACAACAAUCUAAUGGAUGAGCUUGGCAAGGUCGAACGAGGUGAAACGAUGAAAACGGUUCAAUCCGACCUAGACCGUUCGAGCAUCGUGUCCGAACAGAUGAAGUUUGUGCGCCAGGAAGCAAUCAAUCUGAACAGUGACGUUUACAAGUUGAAGAUGAAGCUGAAAUCACUCGAACCGGAAUGGGAUACCAAGUUUGGCAUGGCAGAGGAAAACGUUUCGCAAACGUUUGGUAACAUCCGGAAGGCAAAGGAUAAGCUGAAUGGUAUUGAAGCACUAGCGAGAAUUCAAGAAGACCGCUUCAAGUCGUGGAAUCAGUCGUUCUCCGGACAGCUGCAACAGUUACGCGACCAGAUCGCACUGGCCAAACACGCCGCCGAGGGUAUUCGCGUCUCGAUGGAAUCGUCAGAGCAGUGUAUCCGUUCGUACGCCCCUGCCAACUUCGGACCGACGACAACCAAUCGGAUCGUUAUGUCGAUCGCUCUAACCAACCCGAACGUCCAGAACUCACCGCUUGCGUACAUAGAAGGGGACGAUCGUCGUUUCAUAGCGCUCGAGCUGCGGCAGCGUAAGAUCCGGAUGCUUUGGAGCCUGGACGGUAGCACGGUCACGACGGUGACUCAUCCUCAGGAGAUAGAGGUGCGCGAUCUCAAGAACGAUGACGCGUGGUACUUUAUUGACGCCACGCGUACAUUUAACGUGGGAACGCUCAACGUACGCCACAUGUUACCGGCGGGUGUGUUGAGCAAUGCACGUCCGGUUACCGAUGCCAGCAGCCUAGCGUUUACGACGAUCAGUAUCGGACCGAGCAGUCGUAUCUGGGUUGGUGGUAUACCGGACGAUCUGCGUGUGCCUGAUCUGGAACCGAGCCAGGGAUUGGGCGUUGCAGUGAGCCAGCUGUACGUCGAUCGACGACAACUUGGAUUAUGGCACUUUACCAGCUCUAGUGGCAAGUGUGCGGGAGCCAUGUUGGGACCGCAGGAAGUGGCAAGCUCAACAAACGAACGAAACUUCAAUGGAAACGGAUACGCGGUGUUACAGCAUACCGGACGCCAGAGCAAGGUGGAGUUCAGUUUGAGUCUCAGUUUCAAAACGCUCGAUGAAGAUGCGCUCAUUUUCCUUGCGCUGGAUGAGAAGAAUAAUCGAUCCGUAUCGUUGACACUGAACCAAGGCCGUUUGGUGUUCCGCGUAGAUUACGGAGAUGAUGCACGGCUCGAAAUAAACACAACCAAGCGAUACAACACCGGUUCCUGGGUUGCGGUAGAAGCAUCCCGUCAGUAUCGCAAAUCGCGUACAGAUGAAGGCGUGCUGAAGGUGGACGGUCUCGAUAACAUCACUCACGGCUCACCCACGAAACCAAUCGGUGCCUCGAUGCUUCCCGUCCUAAGCGAUAAGUACUAUCUGGGAGGAGUUCCGCCCGGUUUCAAAACUGGCACUACCAAAGCGCCCGGUGCAGAUCACGCAUUCUUGGGCUGUGUGAAGGGACUGCAGAUCAGUGGUACCUCGUAUGAUCCACUGGACAGUACGACCCACUUCGGCAUCGAAACUUCGUGUGAUAGUACGAUCGUGAAGGCAGGUUUUUUCGGCGAAGGAUACGUCGAGUUCCCUUCGUUUCCUUUGAAAAAACGAGCCAACUUUGGCUUCGUAUUCCGUACCAUGCAGCCGGACUGCUUGUUGCUACUAUCUGCUUAUCCGAGUCGCGUUCACGAUGAUUACGAUUCGAAGGAUACUUUCGGAAAUUACUCGGUGUUCUUAUCGGAAGGUCGUCUUCAUCUCUGGAUGGAUGCCGGCACCGGUCGCGUUGAGCUAGUGUCGAACGGAACACUGAACGAUGGCGAGUACCAUGUGCUAGCGAUGGUCAAACAGGGACGCCACGUUGAGUUGCGUAUUGACGACAAGCUACAAAUGACCCGAACGCUUCAAUCUUCCCUUGUAAACAUGCCUGGCGAAAGUGGUGGCCUUUACAUCGGUGGAGUUCCGUACGAUCCGGCAUUCCCAUCGCUAGCGAAGGUGUUCGAUGGACUGCAGGGUGUGGUGGCAAACUUGGUGUUUAACAACCAAACGCUUUCCUUCGGCCAAGCGCUCAACUUUAGCAAUGUGCAGAUGGGUCGUACCGGCCCGCCUAUGGGCAGCCAGGGGUUGUACACGGCACUGAUGAAGACUGAACCAAUCGGACGAAGCUUCAAGGCAGCUCCGGAAGGUUGCCAUCGGCUUAAGACACGCUUGUUUUGUGAGUCUCGAACUCCAUGGAAGGUCGGAAGCUAUUCCUAUGAACCGAAUGCAUUUAAGUACGGUGACAAACCCCACAGCUACUCCGUGGUAACAGUUCCGGCACGAAAUAUAUGGCAGCGCAACUUCCACAUCGAGUUUGACUUCCGCACGUACUAUCCCAAUGGCAUUUUGUUCGUGGCGUUGGGAACCAAAGAGAAAGCGAAACAUUUCAUCAUGCUGGCGCUCAAAGAUGGCGUCCUCAAGCUGACGGUACGUGGCCGCAAACGGGACCAGCUGCUGCUCGCACCGAAGCUGAACGAUGGCCAGUGGCACCGUGUAGCACUGAGCAGCGUUAAGAAGAAGGCAACGCUGAGCGUACAAAUCGGUAGCAGCCACAGCUCGGCACAAUUGAAAUUACCAAAGAAAUUGAACGCGGCCAAUACGCUGCACGUCGGUGGGCUGCCGGACGAGAUGCUGAUACUUCCUCGGGAACUACAGCCGAGGCCAGAAGCGUUCAAGGGCUGCCUGCGAAAGUUUGUAGUCAACGAUAACACGCAGGAUUUGGCACGACCCGGGCGCCAUUUGCAUGUGGGGCAGUGUUUCCCGCGGAUCGAGCGUGGUUCCUACUUCCCGGGUGAUGCGUAUGCCAUUUACAAACGCAACUUUAACGUAGGAAAGUUCGUUGAAAUCGAGCUGGAAGUACGGACGUCGGAGAUGAACGGAAUACUCAUGAGUGUGGCCGAUCAGAUCAACGGAUUCCCAGCGCUGUCGUUGGAAAUUUCGAACGGAAAUAUAAUCCUUUCGGUGGACAAUGGUGAUGGUAAUCCGACGCGCCUAUCCACGACACUGCCCUCGAAGUACACGCUUUGUGACAACCGAUGGCACAACAUCUCAGCGCUGUACGAAGACCAUCAGAUGGCGCUGAGAGUGAACGAGUAUCCUCCAUCCUUACUGUUGCCACAUGGAUCAGCUGGAUUUGGUCGAGUCAAUACUAAAGCUCCGCUGUACAUCGGAGGCCUUCCAGACGCGGCUUCCAGUGGCACACUGUUGAUGAGAGAAAACUUUAAGGGAUGCAUUCGCAACAUUGCUAUCCGUAACGAGCGCAAGGAUUGGACGGACAUGGACGAUCUGCACAAUGUGCUGCUGAGCGAAUGUCUAGCAGUAAAUUAAGAAAGUCCGUUGCAUCUGCUGGCGCAUCGGUUCGCACUGUACAUAUAGCCACAUACGACUCAAUACGCUUAGACGAAGGUGUUCCAAUGGCAUAGAGAGAUAAGUUCGACGCACUAUUAUUGCGUCGAUUCCAAGUGGAGAUGAACGGUAAAGCCAAAUACACAGCCGUUACUUUCGGCAUCCCGGAGAAAUAGCAAAGAGUUCAACGAUACAGCCAAGGAUUAGCAACUCAUCUUCGGACAGUAUGACGCUCGUGUAGCUGUAGGGUUAGGAAGACAGCGUUACGGUUUAAGCUAGCAGAUAGAUAGCCCACCUAACUUAUGGAUACUUAUAUUUAUUACGCCCGAGAGAGCUCCGAAGUGGCUAUAGGCCUUCUCGCGAGCCACAGAUAGUCUCUAUUUAUUUACGAAUGAACCGAUUCCAGAACACAAAUACAAAUACACAGGAUUAGGAUGAAUUAGGUUCGUUAAGAUGCCAUAGUGCGGUAGAAACUGCUACGUACUGCUCUAUUAAGUAAAUGAUCGCAGCCCCCACUCUUAGUUUACACGGCAAGGAAGAUGUGAAAGGGGUGAGCCGGGGGGUUUACGAAGCACAACGAGGACUAGGAAAUCUGUAGAGAUAUAAAGGUUGCCACCUUAACUAACACAAUCAGUGUGUAAAUCAGUAAGCGAAGUCGAAAAAUGUUUGCGAGUUGGAAAACUACGGUCCGUAUGUCGAUAAAUGAACAUACCGACUACCAGCAAACCUGUAUGUGUCUCCGUUACGGUAUUAAAAAAAAUAAACCUUCUAACCUCCUCCAACGUUGAGAGUGAGUACGUGAACGGUGGAGUAGCCAA